UUCGACAGUCUUGAGAUGCUGAAGACAUUUUCAACAUUGUUGUUGCUGCUGGUGGCAGCAGCAUUGGCCAUCGAAGUGCAGAGAUUUGGACACCUGUACAAUCCACCGCAGCCGGAGCACCAUGUAGCGCGCCAUGAGGAGAAACAAGAUCUUAAUAAGAUUCCUGGCGUAGCUGGUGUUGAUUAUCCCAUCUACCACGAAGUCCCGCAUACUCAAUUCAGUUGCCAUAAUGUGCCCGCCGUGCCGGGUAUGUAUGCCAAUGUGGAAACUGGAUGUCAAGCGUAUCAUGUGUGCCACGACGGACGCGAAGGACAUCAGGGUGCUUCAUUCCUUUGCACAAACGGCACUAUAUUUAAUCAAAAGGAGUUUGCUUGCGAUUGGUGGUAUAAUGUCAAGUGCGAGGAGGCCACCAGUUUUUAUCAUUUGAAUGCCGAUCCUGAGCACAAUCCUUAUGUGCCAAAGAAGAAACCUGAGCUGGAACAUGCUCAUGAGCUGCACGAUCCGCAUCACGCUGCUGGAUUUUUAAUACACGCCUAA